AUGGAAAAACAGACCAGCCUAGGCAUUUUCUCUGGUGGAUUUGCAAAUGUCUUGGAAGAACAAUGGCAAGUCGAUUUGCAGCUCAAGGCAGGAGACAGUGAUGAGGGUGCAACUAUCUCCGCCCACAAACUUGUUCUGGCCGCAAGAUCUAAGGUGUUUAGGAAGAUGCUGGAACAUGAAGAGUUCAAGGCUUCGUUUGGAAUGGAGACAAUCACUCUCUCAGAGAUGAAACACGAGGAGGUAAAGGCUUUGGUUGAGUUCAUGUACAGUGAUGACUCCAUGCCUUGUUGUGGAGUGCAUGCUCGUUCACUCUAUCUCGCAGCUGGCAAAUAUGAGAUUCCUCAUCUACGAGAUCUAUGCAGAAAGCAGCUAAUCUCUUCUCUGAAUGAGUCUAAUGCUCUUGAUAUUUUGGAGCUUGCCCAAAUCCCUUUCGAAAACGCCCUUAACGAGGCUGCCCUGGGUUGUAUCAAAACGAAUAUAACGAAGAUUGCUAGCACAGAUGAGUUCAAGUUGUUUGCAGCCAGUAACCCAAACCUUUCAGUAGAGAUAAUCAAGGCUUCUUUUCGUCGGAGUAGCAGCAACAACGGAUACUCGUACUGUUAUUAG